AUGCACUCGGGCUCCAUGUCUGUCCUCCGCCGCCCUCGGGUUUGCAAUGCUGCGUCCUAUAGAACUCACUGUUACAUGCCAGUGACUCCUUCUGUUACUGUCCGCCCCAAUGAUGGAAGCCCCACUUAUGGACACUGCUUACCCAGUAGCUACCAAGGAAAUCUCUGGCUCCUGGAUUAUUGCCCAGAAUCCUACUGUGAAGCACCCACCUGCGAAUCUCCCAGCUGUGAGCCCAAUUCGUGUACCACAAGUUGUGACCCACCAGACUCCUGUGUGCCCUGUAACUCCCCAUCAGCGGGCCAAGUCUCCAGUGUCUGUGAAACUACCAACAUUGGUCCCAGCUGCAGCCGGUGCUCCCAGACCAGGGGGUAUGUAUCUGAUUGCACACCCACUGGAUGUGCAUCCAAAGCCUGCCAGACCCUGGGCAAUGGUUUCAACUACUUUGGGCAACUUAACUGCUCACUCAAGAGUAUCCAAUCACUAAGCCACUGCAGACUGGGUGGUUUGGGAUACAGAAGCUACCAAAAUCUUGGCUUUAUGCCCAUUGGCUUCCCAGCAUCAUGCUAUAUUGCCAGCAGCUGCCGACCCCAAAGCUAUUUAAUGAGAGGUUGCCAAUACUCAAGUUAUAGGCCAAUGAGAUGCCGACCACUGGGCUAUUUAUAUAGAAGCUUCCGGUCUCUGAGCUGUAUACCUAGUACCUUUCCACCUCUGAGGUAUUUAUGCAGUAGUAGCAGACCUCUGACUUGCUAUUAA